CAGCUGUGUUUAAGAUAAGAUAAGCAGAUCAAUAACUGGAUCAUCAUAUCACCUCUGGUUUGUUUAUGAACACGAUGUAAGAGUAUAGCCCCUGUGUUCUGGUUUAUUCUCUUCCAUUCCGAUCAGAUCAAGAGCGCCCCGGCAGCAGUCGCAUGAAGCAUUCGUUUUCGAUUUAGCAACAGCAACAUCCUCUGUCUUCUGAAGUUUUGCCAAUGAGCGCUACUGAGAUGCAAGAACACAUGGGUUCGCCAGCGUUCAAGCUGGUUUCAAGAAACUCUAGAGAUAAUUCCCCUUUCUUCAGGAGCGACUCAAACAACAACACGCCUCGGCCUAAGACACCGCCAAUGAAUAAUCCCAAGCAGGAGAGAGACAGAGAAGGAGAACGACGGGCGGCAGCUUUGAAUCUGGAAUGGCUGAAAAGUUCCUUCAAGCUGUUAGAGAGUGCGCUGAGAGAGCGAAACAAACAGUUGGAGAUACAAAAGAAAGAGAUCGAGUUCUUACGGAACGAGCUUAGAAGAAAAGAUGACGUCAUCAAGGAGUACGAAAACUUGAUCAAUGAACGAGAAGACAUGGAGAAACAGGAAGUUGAAAUUUUACACAAGGAAAUUAGAACAUUGCGGAUGGACGUGAUGUCUAAAGAGAUGACAAUUCGAGAACACCAGAGCGAGAUUGAGAGACUGGACAGCAAAGUUGAAAAGCUCAUGUCCGUCAUGCCACCCCCGUCUCUACCUCGCGCGCGUGCGCAGGGAGUAUCCGCUGAACCAAAGAACCUGAACAACAACAAUCAAAAGCACCUUAAACACUAUCCCAAAAAGCAAAGAUCUAAGGAACUUAUUAAGGAUGCAAUUUUGGACAAUGAUUUCCUCAAAAAGUUGGAACCAUCACAAAUCCGUGAAGUUGUUGAAUGCAUGUAUGAGAGGAAAUGGAAAAAGGAUGAAUUUCUUAUCAAGGAAGGAGAAUCAGGAUCACACCUUUAUGUCCUGGAAGAGGGUAAAGUCAAAGUCUUAAAGGAAGGGGAGGAAAAGGGUAAUAUGGGACCAGGAAAAGUAUUUGGAGAACUUGCCAUCUUGUACAAGUGCCCAAGAACAGCCAGUGUGAAAGCUGAGAGUGAUGUUAAGGUCUGGUCCAUUGACAGGCAGACAUUCCAGACAAUUAUGAUGAAGACGGGAAUGUUAAAACAGCAGGAACACAUUGAAUUCUUGAAAAGUGUUCCAUGGCUGGCUAAGUAUGGGGAAGACUUGCUCUGUAAGGUUGCUGAUGUCAUCGAGGAGGCAUUCUAUGAUGAGGGAGAGUACAUCAUACGUCAAGGUGCCAGGGGAGACACAUUUUUCAUUAUCAAGAAGGGAGAGGUGGAAGUUACUCAGAGAGCAAAUGUGCAUGCAGAACCCAAUUUCAUUCGCACUCUCAAAAAGGGGGAAUACUUUGGAGAAAAAAACCUCAUGGGCGAUGAAUUUCGAACAGCAAAUUGUAUUGCAGCCAAGGGAGGUGUGCAAUGUCUAGUGUUGGAUCGUGAACCUUUUGAAGCAUAUAUUGGAAGUUUAGAUGACUUAAAAACUGACAAGUAUAGUGACAAGGCUAGAGGAGUUGAGCCACAGACUGCAAGUAGACAGAUUCAAGAAAUUGAAAGUCGCACAAAAGAAGAACAGAAUGAGUUUGCCAGUGUUUCCUUGAAAGAUAUCUCAAUCUUGAAGACACUGGGAGUUGGAGGAUUUGGACGUGUUGAAUUGGUUCAAGUCGCUAAUGAAAAGAAAACAUUUGCCCUGAAAACUCUUAAGAAACAUCACAUUGUUGAAACAAGACAACAGGACCAUAUCAAUUCAGAAAAGAAAAUCAUGAUGGAGGCCAACUGUCCCUUCAUUGUGAGUGCAAAGAGAAUAGGUUAUGGAAGAAAGACGUGGACAUUCUGUGGAACACCUGAGUAUGUUGCACCCGAGAUCAUUCUCAACAAG